AUUGGACAGUCGACCCACCCAUUUCAGCCCUUGUUUCCUCACUUAUUCCACAUCUCCAUCUCCCCGCGGAGAGCUAAUGUGCAGCGCGAGCAUCCUGCUGCGCAUACACAUGUACACAGCUAAACUGAGGUUGCGGGGGGUGGGGGGGUGGAGGGAGGCGGGGAAACAGGAUGAGAGGAAAGGAGGGGUACUGUAUGUGUGUUACAGAGAUAGAUAGAGAGAGAGAGAUGCUGAGAGACGGUGAGGGCAGGAUUGGAGGCAGCGUCACCCGCCUAGACAUGAAGGGAGGGGGAGGGCAGACGGAGUGGAAGUGGAAGUGGAGGGGGAGAAGAAGAGCACAAUGAAGUAGUGCCAUUGUCCGCCCUGGCAGCGCUGCCAUUCCACCAUCUGCCCCAAGUGAGGGAGAGUGUGAAUGAGGGAGCGGAGGGGGUGGUGGGGAGAGAAGAAGAAGCAAAAGAAGUGAAGAGGACAGUCCAACGCACAGGAGGACGAGAGGAAAGAUGGAGACGCGCAGCCGACGGUGACUUUGUGAAUUAACCGAGCGAAAGACGUUUUGAUUCUUGUUCUUAUUUUUUUUUUUAGAGCGGAAGGGGAGGACGGAUGAGCGGCGAACAUUACCGUCAUGUGAAUAUGGACCGCAAUUUGUUGUUUAAACUCUUUGUACAGAGAAGAACAAAUUCCGCUCACUUGGUUGUACUUUUUCAUGUUGAGCUUAUGAUGUUCUAGUCAACCAGUGUGUUGUUGCUACCAGUCUUUUGAAUAUUCUUUAUUAUUUUUUUUACCAUUUUUAUGCAAGUUUUCUGAACCUCAGUGUUGUUGUACAGGUUUGUUGUUCGGUCAGUUUACGCUUACUCGCUAGACAUUGCCCUAGUUGGAGCCAGUCGCAUGUUGCCAACAUGGCAGGUCAACAUUGAUUGGCUUUUAUGGUCGGCGCGACGCCGCUCCAACUUUGAUCAUUUCCUGAAAGCUAUUGAUCUUUAAGGGGGGGCGGGAGGGAAGUUUGGUCCUCCUGUUGGGUGAGACAAAAGAAAUAAUUAUGUGGAGUCAUCAACGUUAUGAUUAGCUGCAGUCGUGCGAUUCAACCGCGCUCUUUGUCUGCCAACUCUUUUUCUGCCGUUGUCGGGACUUACUCGGCAAACCUUCUCAACAGGCAUCUCUUUUAACCGUCUGUUGCCAUGGCAAUGGCUUGCAGCUGCAGACGGAGCGAGAUGUAAAGUUUUUUUCUUUGUAUUACUUGUUUAAAACCGGUGCUGCCCCGUUCUUUAAUUGCAUCCAUUCGGUGGAGAUCAUGCAGUCCGUUUGGAUUUGUGAUUGUGUCCAGUUUUUCGAAAAUUGUAUGAAAACACGGACUGCCUUUUGUUUUCACGCGCGAGACGGUCCCCGUCUGUGCUGAGCUCACCAGUCUCAGAGAAUCAGGGUUGCUUCAGGUCAGCCGUCUCCCCCCCACCCCCCUCCCUACUCGCUAUUUUGCGUUCACCCUAUGGCGAGUCUCAGUCGCUUCCUUUGUCCUGAUCUCACCUUAAGUCAACUGCAGCGAACCUAAAUCCCCAUCAGUCUGACGUGCCGUUCGGGGGGUGUCAUAAACUCAGUCCACGUAGACAUUUUGCCGUGCAUGGCUGCCUGGCCUUGACACGGCUAAUUAAUGAUUCGUCAAAUAUUCGUGGCAGGUUCUCCGAAUGACUCGCGAUCCCCCCCUCUUCCCCCGCCAUCGUGUAUUGCGAGUCUUCGCCUCGCUUAACCCGCCUCCCCUUGUACGCUUGAGCAUCCUUUUGUGCGAGGAUCUUUCAGUUCGGUUCUGUACGUCCAGACACAAGGGGACGACUUGAAAUAAUUGAUUCUUGUUACGUGUGUGGCAGUUUCCUCGACUGUCCACGUAUAGAUGACUCAGGAUUUCCACUCACGUUUCGUGAGUCAUCUCCACUGAAGUCACCUGACCUCCCCCGUUUCCUGUGUGCGCUCAAGCAUCCUUUUGGCAGCACGCUGCUCUUGGAACACUUCAGCUGUGUUCGUUUAAAGAAGUCAGGACCGGUUGAAUCUUUUGGAAUCUUUUAAAAAAUUUUAUUAUUUUUUAAAGAACAAUCCAUUUAUAUGUGGGGCUUGUCCGACUAUUUGAUUUGGCCUCGGCAACCCUUCGGUGGUUGACCGCCCCCUCCCCCACCCUCCCCCCUUUCCCGGUGGCCCUGAAUGCAGGGUAACUUUUCCAGCCAUACAACUUUUGUCUCACGCCGCUCGACUCUGAGCGGCUCCUACACGGUGCUUCUAAUCCACGACCAGAUGGAUGAUUAGCGAGCUUCGCUAGACAACCCCUCUGUGGUGCUAGACUGGUUGUGGUUGUGGGCGACUGUUGGUUUUGCGCCCACCGCAAGCUGGUGCGUGGGACUUCAGAUGUGUUCUGAAGUGUUUUUUUUUUAUUUAGUUUUUACUUCACAUGAAUAUUGGUGCCAACCUUGCAGGUGCAGGUCUUAUCUCGGCAAGGUGUGUGCCGAUCUCCCCGUAGGGAGCAAAGGUGAAGAGAUUGCGACUAUGACGAGUGCCUGAGCCACGCUGAGGCGGGGCGGCGUUGACCCGUUUGACUGUUUUCCUUGCGGAACUUCGGCUUGUGGGGAACUGUUAAUGUUAACGGACUGUUGUUUGCCUUUAAGGUUGGACUAUGCAGAAUAUAAGGUGGUACACUACAUCUGUACAGCAGUCCACAGUUUAAAAAAAAAAAAGAAGCUUUAUCUCCGGGCGAAUAAGGCCUACAUCACUGCUCUUCUCUCAGGAAACUGACGACUAUCUGGGCGUCUUGCUUGACAUAACGAGGUCGGGGCGCCGAUGCAUCGAAGGGUCAGCAGAGAGAGAGAGUUUAAUUGUGUAUUACAAAUCAGGUCUCAUUACUAUCACAACAAACCCGCUGGCCUUCAUUCGCCAAUGACCUGCGUCCUCUAGUGUGACAUCACCACCGCGCUACCGCAGUGGAUGUCCGACACAUAUUUCCAAUGGUGCUCUGGUGGUGACCAAUUUCAAACCACAACAACCUCACUUGUUUUAGCCAUAUCAGGAACCUCAGUCAGGAACGGGCCGUUACGAGCCCACUCUUUGUGUUUUCUUAUUUCACUGGUGUCUAACUAGGUGAGUAGAACCUCUAGCCGGCCCUUCUCUUGAGGCCAGGGAGGCAAGAGAAAUCCGCGGUUAACAACUUUCGAAACAAGAGGCCCUCUUAAACGGACAGCCUGGAGAACGGGCAAGCAGCCGCGGGAGGGGGAGGGGGGGAGAUCAUCUGGAAGAGGCGAGAGGAAGUGGUGGCGCGGGAGAGGGCGGAGGCGCUAGAGAGACAGAGGCUGGCUGAGUACAUUGUGUGGAGGAAGAGAGAGGACUUCCAGGAGAGGCGAGGGGAGAGGGAGAAGAGAGACGGGAGUACCGAGAAAGGGAAGGAACAAGCGCCAGAAGUGAUCUGGAAGAAGCGGGAGGAAGACAACGCGCUUAGGGAGCCAGCUAAGGCCGGUCACGGCGGACACCAAAUUGUUUGGAGGAAGAAGGAGAGGGAAUAGAAGACUUUAGCAGGCUUUAAUAACAAGGGUGCUUCUACUAGGAGCGGGACACUAGCCAUACAUGUGUAAGCUUGAUUUCUCUCCUUUGGCCAAUUGAGGUUGCAGGUGUGUGUUGUCGGCUUCUGACCAAUUGAAGCCGCGCGCGUGUCGUCGCCUUGUUAGGUUGCACAGCCCUCUCGCAAUUCCCCUCGGUGGCUGCUAAUAGGGUUUUUAUUGGCCUGUGUCAAGCCGGACAGAGCCGCCGAGGGAGCUCUCUCGCGCAUACACACCUACGCUCCUUCCUCUCCGCGAUAUCACACACACACACAAAUGCAAGCGGCGUUGAGAGACAAUCACUCGUGUUGAUUUUCUUUGGUGCCACUGACAGCUGAGCUGAGAAACCAGUUGGGACACAAAUCUUCACCGAUUGCUUUAAAAGAUGGCCUGUUGGUUGGAGCAAGAUGUCUUUUUUAUUUAUCUCUUUUUUGAGCUGAUCACACAAUGAACUCUGCUUUGAGAAGUGAACUGAUGUCAACAUGUCCCGCGCCGAGACGCUCCAAAGCAACCGUCGGCAUCUGUACACGGCCAUCAUCCGGAAACUCGCUCUUUUCCUAAAAGACAUUUUGAACACCGCUUACAUUGUGGAUGAAGCCAUUUUUAAAGCGGUCCACUUUGGGCUGCCUUCAACUGAGUGGAAGACUGACAACCGGACAGAUGGAUGCCGCUCUCGCGCUGAGGAAGACCGGCUGCGCGUCCUUAAGAUAGAAAGUCUGAAUUCAGAAACAAAUCAACCUUGAUACACGUCACUACAGCCUGUGUGGACUUGUUCGGACUGAUAAAGCAGAACCAGUAUGGAGCUUGUCCCUAAAAGCAAGUACAGCCACUUUCGAAGUGAAUCGCUCGGCUCGACUGAUGAGACAAACUCCAAUCCAUCGUCCUUCCCACCUUCAACUCCCGUCACGCCUCUCACUCCCUCUCCUGGCUUACCUUCUUCGAUCUCCUCCUCCUCCCUCACUCCUAUCUUACCCCCUCCUUCUCCCCGGCCACCUGAGAACAGCCCCACCACCCUCUGCUCCUUCUUCCCAAGGAUGGGCUCCUUGCGCCUGGGCGUCUCUGCCACUCUCCUCCCAGGACUCAAGGCCUCCGGCAGGCCACCGCCGACCCGGGCGCCUGUCGCGUCCCCUGGGGACGACGGGAGCAACUCCAGCGCCUCCCCUCCGCUCCGUCACCCGCUCCCCCCUUUAACCGCUCCUUCUCCCCCUCCCCGGCCCCCCCUGCAGGAGAUGAACCGUCUGGGAGGGGCGUCCAGGAGGGCACGAGUAGAAGGUGCUCAGCUCGGAGGAGAUGAGUGGACGCGGCAUGGCUCCUUCGUCAACAAGCCCACCCGCGGGUGGCUGCACUCUGACAACGUGGUCAGCACGACCGGCGUCUCCUACUCCGUACGGUACAUGGGGUGCGUUGAGGUGCUACAAUCCAUGCGAGCGCUGGACUUCAACACCAGAACUCAGGUCACCAGGGAGGCCAUCUCCGUGGUGUGCGAGGCUGUGCCGGGAGCCAAAGGAGCCCAGCGACGAAGAAAGCCGUCCUCACGCUGCCUCACGUCUAUUCUCGGCAAGAGCAACCUGCAGUUUGCUGGCAUGACAAUCAGCCUCACCAUCUCCACAAGCAGCCUCAACCUGCUGGAAUCGGACUGCAAACAGAUAAUCGCCAAUCAUCACAUGCAGUCCAUCUCCUUCGCCUCUGGAGGAGACCCAGACACGGCUGAGUACGUAGCAUAUGUGGCCAAAGACCCAGUCAACCAAAGGGCAUGUCACAUUCUAGAAUGCGCUGAGGGUUUAGCCCAGGAAGUCAUCAGCACCAUCGGCCAGGCCUUUGAACUGCGCUUCAAACAGUACUUAAAAAACCCACCCAAACUCGUCACGCCUCAUGACAGAAUGGCUCCGUUCGAUGGCUCUGCAUGGGAGGAAGAGGACGACGAGGCCGCCCUCCUGCCUGACGUCCCAUACUACAAUAACUUCCCCGGUAAACAGCCUCCCCCUGGUGGUCUGGUUGACAUGAGACCACGUCCGGGAGCUACACUGCCUUAUGGACAACCUGGUCAGAAUGACAUUCACAAGCAGCCUCUGCCACCUCUGCCAGUAGGUGCCAAGGAAGGAGGGCGAGAGAUGUUUGAUGACCCUUCUUACGUCAAUGUGGAUAAGCCCCGCCCCCCAGUUGCCGCCAAUGGAAACACUCACAGAGAUGCUUUCGACAUGAAGCCAUUUGAUGAUGCCCUCGGGGGCUCCGUGACAGCAGCGCCCCCUCUGGUGGAGCAGCUACAGUGCGAGACUUGGUUCCAUGGCAGUUUAAGUCGCAGGGAGGCGGAGAGGCUGCUGGGCCGCGAUGGAGACUUUCUAGUGCGGGAGUCGGGAACCACGCCGGGGCAGUACGUGCUCACGGGGCAGCAGGGCGGUCAGCCCAAACACCUGCUCCUCGUCGACCCGGAGGGAGUGGUUCGUACAAAAGACCAUCGGUUCGAGAGCGUGAGUCACCUGAUCAGUUACCACAUGGACAACAGACUCCCCAUCGUUUCGGCGGGAAGUGAAGUGUGUCUGCAACAGCCGGUGGAGCGCCGAGCCUGAAAGAAAAAAAACAAACAAACAUAUUCGGCUCCACCAAAUACAACCACAGGAAUACACACAACAACACCAAAAGAAGAAAAAAAAGGAAAAUAAAGGUGUGCAAAAUCUCUGACAUGCUGCUGUUGUAAAACCAAACUGUGAACUGCAGUCCCAAUUAUCUGGCAAGCGACCCUGAAGCACUGCUGCAUCGUCUCCACAGUCUACCGUGAAGCAGGGAGCAAAGUCCAGGAAACUAAAUGCAACUUCAAAAGAAGUCAACCAUGGAAAACAGGUCUUAAUUUGUAAUCAUUCAAAAAAACAAAAA